AUGGCCUCUAAUGGGACACAGGAAUCUCUCUCGUCCUCAGUUGCGAACGCUCUGGAGACACCCGAAGCCACGAAAGCGACCCCCAAGCUUAUGCAUAGUCUCGAACAUAACAGCACAGUCCUCGCCGUCGCCGUCAGCGCGAAGCACGACUCCAUAUACGCAGGCACUCAAGAUGGUGAAAUUGUUGUAUGGUCUCUGGACACGUUCCAUCAGCUUCGCCAAGUCCAAGCGCAUAAGAGAUGUAUUCUGUCGCUGUUUCUUUCUCCCGAUUCGUCGCUCCUUUUCUCCAGCGCUGGUGAUGCCGUCAUAAACGUCUGGUGUCCCAAGACCCUGCGUCGUCUUUACGAGAUCUACGGCUUCCACGAUGUUGGCGAUAUUUUCUGCACUGCUUACAGCGCACAGCACGACACACUGUAUAUUGGAGCCCAGAAUACGACCAUACAAUGGGUGCGACUUGGUGAUGAUUCUAAAAGUGCAUCCCCGGACUCACAAAAUCAUCCGGAUCGAAGAAGUCAUCGAUUCUUCGACUCAAAGGCUGUUGGAGGUGGGGCUACACCGAGAAGAAGCGAAGAUCGAUGGGCUCUCAUACCCCGAGCGCAGUCUGUUCUCGAGAUUGACAGCGGAUGCAUUCGUCACUUUGCGCACAAUGGCUACGUAUACUGCAUGCUGAUGGCACAGGGCCCAACAGUUGAAGUGGAUGCAGAUGAUGAUGUUCUUAUUUCGGGCGGUGGCGAUGGUACCAUCAAGCUCUGGAGCUUGACUGGGUCAAGUAGAAACGGCCGUGGUCAUGCUGACGGCGAUGACGGCGGCAUCGAGGAAAUUAUGACGUUAGGCGCUGAUGAUGCGGAGUCAGUUCUAUCAAUUGCCCUUGAUGGCUCAUUCCUAUAUGCUGGAAAGCUCGAUGGCAUAGUAGAGCUAUGGGAUUUAGACACAACUCAGAGGCUAAGGGUGAUUAAAGCCCCUGGAGGAGACGUCAUGUCACUGCAAAUGGGAUGGGGGUGCCUCUGGGCUGGUUCAACCAAUGGAUGGGCUAGUAAAUACAGCACAGCGCAUUACUGUGCUCAUGGCCAUGUAUCAUCCGGACAUGUCAGUCAAAAGUACCAGUGUCUUGGAAAGUGGAAAGCGCACCAGGGCAAGAUCCUAGCUUCUGCAAUUACCACGCAUAAGUCGGAGCCGUAUUACAUUACCGGCGCGAAUGACAACGACAUUGCAAUAUGGUCCGUCAAGGACUUGACGUCUUUGAAACCGAAUCUUACAGAGAAGAGCAACGACCUGCUCCUAUCGACACUGAGUGAUUUCGUCUCUUACAAAACUGUGUCAUCUCGAUCUGAAUACGCCGAGGAUUGUCGCCGAGGCGCUACUUUUCUAGGGUCACUCUUCAAACGCCUAGGUGGCCACGUCGAAAUGCUCAGCACCGAAAAGGCCCACAACCCGGUUGUUUAUGCCAAGUUCUCGGGAAAGAAGGAGGCCUUGGAACAGCGAAAACGCAUACUGUUCUACGGGCAUUACGAUGUGGUGCCAGCCGAUGGUAGGAAAGGCAAGUGGACCACGAACCCAUUCACCGCCACCGGGACCAACGGCUUCCUUUACGGCCGUGGAGUGAGUGACAACAAAGGGCCCAUUAUUGCGGCAUUGUAUGCAGUGACAGAUCUUAUGCAGGCACAGCGGCUAGAAAACGAUGUCAUCUUUCUGAUUGAAGGCGAAGAGGAAUUUGGUUCUCGAGGUUUCGAAGAAGCUGUACAACGGAAUAAGGAGCUUAUUGGUCAUGUGGACUAUAUCCUGCUGGCCAAUAGCUAUUGGCUCAACGAUGAAGUCCCAUGCUUGACGUAUGGGCUUCGUGGUGUGCUUCAUGCCACCAUUUGCGUUGACUCUCCUCGGCCUGACAUUCAUUCUGGAGUGGAUGGAUCUCAUCUAUCCGAUGAACCGCUGACGGAUCUAACUUGUAUUCUAUCCAAACUGAAAGGUCCUGGAAAUAGAAUUCAAAUUCCAGGAUUCUACGAUGGCAUUCCACCUAUUACACCUGAAGAGGAAGCGCGAUAUGACGACAUUGCCUCCAUCAUGGUACGCCAUCAAUCGCAGGCUGUGUCUGAAGAAAAGCUCAAACAGUCGCUCAUGGCAAGAUGGCGGGAGCCCAACCUCACCAUCCACCGAUAUAAAGUAUCUGGGCCUGAUGGAAGUCUCGUGAGUAGCCAUGCUAGCUCGCACAUCAGCCUACGAUUGGUGCCUGGACAAGAAGUUGAAGACGUUUCCAAGGCGAUGUCCUGGUUCCUGCGUCGCGAGUUUGGGCUCCUCGAGUCUCAGAACCGACUCAGCAUUAAUAUUGAUAACAAGGCCGAACCAUGGCUGGGAGACCCUACCAACGAGAUAUUCCGCACGCUGGGACAAGCCAUCAUUGAAGCAUGGCCAGAUUGCUUUGACCGGAGCGAUUCUCCCAGUGGAAAUGUGCAGGCCUCCUCGGUAGCGAAGUCAUCAAAGCCACGGCAGCCACUCUAUAUUCGCGAAGGUGGUUCUAUCCCGGCCAUUCGAUUCUUGGAAAAGGAAUUCGGCGCACCCGCAGCACAUUUACCCUGCGGCCGUGCUAGUGACUCCGCUCACUUAGACAAUGAGCGCAUAAGCGUGGUUAAUUUGUUAAAGGCAAGAGAGAUUUUUGGCAAGGUCUUUGCACGACUGUAA